UGGACGUAGCAAAUAAAAAUAAAGUGUUUAAUAAGCUUUCGGCAUACGCAAAUAAUUUGCCGCAAGCAAGCCGGAUGAGAUACGUAGCGAAGAUUAGUGAUAUUAAUUUUACGGAUCCAUACACGGCGUAUUUGACCGAAAAAGAUUUUCCUACUACAGUGACCGCUGGUCAUGUUGUUCAAUAUUUGCUGAACCAUGCAGCCUCUGGAGGAAACCACAUGAAGAACACCAGGAGCGUUGAAGCUUAUAAGAAGUUCGAAUCUGGAUUCGUUCACAGUGUUUCUGGUGGUAUUAUCAAUGACUUACACGUAGUGAGAGGCAAGGUAUCGCACUCAAUGAGGUUGAACAAUUCACCUUUGACGGCAUGGAUGAUUAUCAACAGAAACGGAAAUGUUCGCUCCGCACAUUGCAACUGCGUGGCAGGGCUGAGCGAAACAUGCUCACAUGUUAGUACACUUCUGUAUGCGCUCGCCAAUUUACAUUUCAUGACUUCGACAUAUAAGUUAAGCGUCACCGAGCUACCAUCAUAUUGGGCAAGACCUGCGAAGCGCUUAAAAGACGAUUUGUAUCAUCCGGUUGAGCAGAUCGACUAUGGAUUUAAAGUCGUUCGACACGAUGAUCUGAACUUAACCCGAACCAAAGCCGAGUUUCUAUCCCUUGUAACAUCGUUACAACAUGAUGAAAAAGAACCAGCUAUUCUCAGGAAGUUUUGCGGCACGGGUUAUUCUUGUCUACAAUGUCGUCAAAAUGUCGUACCGGAUCAUAUUUUACUGAAUAAACGCAUCAUAUUGUCCAACCAGUUCAAUCCGGACUUGGAAUUUGAAGAUUUGAGUGUUAUCAUGCAAGCUUCGAAAGAUGUGGUGCUCAAAAUCAGCGAUUCAGAAAUCAUAGAAGUUGAAAAAUUGACACGACUCCAAUCCCGUUGUGAUUUAUGGCGAUGGGUAAGAAUUGGUCGAGUCACCGCCUCUCUAUUGAGCCGGUGUAUCCAUUCCCAAGAAACAGUACCCAAAAAAAUGUCCCUUCUAAAAGAUAUAUGUCACCCAUAUUUGAACCAGAAAAAAUCCGAAGCUAUUCGUUAUGGCAGAGAUAACGAGCCAAAAGCCAAAAAAGCUUUACAAGCUGCUCUCAAAAACCAUAGUGGCAUUCGUUUGGUAGAAUGUGGAGUAUUUAUUGACAGACAUCGGCCAUAUUUGGCCGCCACACCAGAUCUCAUCAUGGAGUGUGACUGCUGCGGUAAGGUGGCGAUAGAAAUUAAAUGCCCGUUUCGCCUGUCGAAUAAAAGCAGUUUCAACAACCAAUUUUGCAUUCAAAAUUUAGAGUUCAUUACGUCCGCUGGUGAUAAUAUUACUUUGAAUAUGAAGCAUCCUUACUACUGGCAAAUACAAGCUCAAAUGUUCAUAACGAAUUCUGUAUAUGGGAUUUUGUGUGUGUGGAGUGAAAGUGAAGUUGUUUGCAUACGUGUCGAAAAAGACCAUGAAGCUUGGGCUGUAGCAUGCCAAAAAUCAGAAACAUACUUUAUGAACAAAAUUCUUCCAGAGCUGUUGGCAAACUAUUACAGUAACCAAAGGUCUAUAGCUUAACAUUUAUUUUUAUUUCUAAUUCCUCCUUACACAAUGUUUUCAAACGUGUAUUAUGUUACCUGCAAUUCCAAUCCGAAUAAAGUUUAA